GUGAGUCUCACACACGGAUAAAAGACGGGACAGGUCAGACUUCGUCCCAUCGAGCUAGACUCUCUCUGUUGGAGCGUGGGGAACUGUUUUCUUUAGAUCACAAAUGAAUAAAGGAUUACUUGUUUUUCCCUUGAUGGAAAUGUAUUGAUUUUUUUUUUUUUUUUGGAUAACUCUUCUGAGACAGGUUGUCUGAGCUUCCAGAGUCCUCUUCCUCACCAUGAGUUGGGGGGCGCUCUAUGCCCAGCUGGGCGGUGUCAACAAACACUCCACCAGUCUAGGAAAGAUUUGGCUUUCUGUCCUUUUCAUCUUCCGUAUCACCAUACUGGUUCUGGCUGCUGAGAGCGUCUGGGGGGAUGAGCAGUCAGACUUCACAUGCAACACACAGCAGCCUGGCUGCAAAAAUGUCUGCUAUGACCACUUCUUUCCCGUGUCGCACAUCCGCUUGUGGUGCCUGCAGCUAAUCUUUGUAUCCACACCAGCCCUGCUGGUGGCCAUGCACGUCGCCUACAGGAAACGUGGGGAUAAGAGGACCAUGCUGGCCUCCAACGGCACUGAGAAGACCUCGGAUACUGACCUGGAGACACUGAAGAGGAGGCGUCUGCCAAUCACAGGCCCACUGUGGUGGACCUACACCUGCAGCUUGUUCUUCCGACUCAUUUUUGAGGGCGGGUUCAUGUACGCACUGUACUUUGUCUACGAUGGCUUCCAGAUGCCCCGGCUAGUGAAGUGUGAGCAGUGGCCUUGCCCCAACAAGGUGGACUGCUUCAUCUCAAGGCCAACAGAGAAGACCGUCUUCACCAUCUUCAUGGUGUCCUCAUCAGCCAUCUGCAUGGUGCUGAACGUGGCCGAGCUGUGCUACCUCAUCGUCAAGGCGCUCCUGAGGUGCUCGUCCAGGUCAAACAAGAGGAAACACCCUUACACCAACACAGACAGCGUGACGCGGGAUAAUGCCCUUCUGCAGAACAAGAAGAACGAGAUGCUGUUGUGCUCCACAGAUUCGACCAGCAACAAGACCAUGUGUUGAAGGACAGCCAUCAGUGGUGGAGUGGUACUAGAGAAGAACAAAAGCAUAAACUGGAAUUCCAACUGCAUAGUUUGUGUUUGGUAAUUAGGCUGUGAGCAUCCACCAGAAUUGUCUCAUGGGAAGGUUUAACAGCUGCUGAAGCAGAUUUCGAGAGUGGGAACUUAAAAUUACCACAACAGAAAUUAGUUUAGCUAGACAGCAGAGUAUGUACUGUAGCUGGGGUGGCCUACUUUCUACAUUCAUUUGUAGGGAAAUCACUGUAUUAUAUGCAUAUUUGCUCUGUAUUCCUACAUAUGGCCUCAAAUUUGCCACUAAAGGUAGUCAGAUGUUCUUCCCUGAUGCAAAAAAAAUCGAAAAUGAUCGAUAAUACAACCGUAUGAUUUUGAAUCUAGUCGAAAUACCACCAGUGAGUGUUACUUUGAGAGCCUGUUUGUGUUCUCAGAACAAAAAGCCGCCAGGUAGCAGAGAAUUUAGUAUAAUAGCAUCUUUGCAUCUGUGCGUCCACAUCAUCACAAGUGUCACCUUACUUGUCAUUCAGUGGAUGCUUUAUAGAUGGAGGUUCUAAUUUAUUGUUCAUAGUUUGAAGUUGUUUGAAUGUGCUGUACAUUGCAAGAGUGACUUGUCAGGUGCUGAACCAGAGAAGAAUGAGUCUACACUGGCACCUAGAGGUUCACAGUGGAAACCCUUAAGAGCACAAACACCUUCCCCAAAGACUGACUGAUUUAUUUAGUGUUAAAGUAGAGGAAGGAGAACAAAUUAAGUCAUGAAAAGUAAUGCAGGAGAAAGAUCCAAGUGCAUUUGUGCGUUUUAGUGUCUACUUUACAAGAGCUGACAUUUGAUUUUGACUACAUGUUUUACAGUAAUUGAUAAAAGCAGAUGAGUGUUCAUGAUCCUGCUGUAUUGAAUCAAGUGACUGUAGCACAAAGUUAAGUUUGAAAAUGUAUAGUUAAAUGACUUUCUAUGAAGAACGCUAGAGUUUCUAAUUUUUGUGUGUUUAUAAUUACCGAGAAGUGUGUUGCACAGGAUACGAUUACACUGAUAAAGAAUUUAUAUAACAUGGUGAAAUCUUACCUACCACACCACAGUGGUUUAAUAGAUUUGAUGCUCUUUGCUGUUCAAUCAUAUCAGAAUGUCUUUUACUUGAACUGAAAGUGUGUGAAACUAAAGUGUUUCUUUACAUGAGUUAAACAACACACUGAGAAUGUGUUGCACAUUUUCACUUGUGCGUGCCAGGUGAUAAAAAAUAUGUUAAAUAUAUACGUUUGGACUGUACAAGAUGUUUUUAAUCUUCAGUCAGCAAGUGCUAAACCUGCCCAACAGAUCAUAUUGCAUAGUUCUGAAUUACGUGCUUUGAACUGAAACUGCAGAGAAAAAACGUGGCAAAAACAAAUGCCACAUGUCACAGAAAUAUUAAUUCAGAAACAUUGAGUGGUGCUAAAACAACAGGUUGUAUUCUGAAUUCUAAGAAGUUUGUGAAGAUACCAAAUCUGUCAGGCUUGUAGUGAUUUAAAGAUACAAAUCAAUGAAUAUUUGACUCACUAUUUUUGCAUUUUGUAACAUUUGUUUUUUUCCCCUGAUGACACUGUUACCCUCCAAGAGUUUAUUUCAAACGGCAGGAUUAUCAAGUUAGACAGACAACUUCAAAAAUUGUUAUGGGAUUGCUCCUGAAGGUUCUUUAUCAUUAUUAUUGACCAAUCCCUAAACCCAAUAUUAAAAUGUUGUUUUCAUAGAUCGACAGAUUCAAAUGAGUCUCCUUCAAAGUUACAGUCUAGCUAACGUUCUUAAUCCUGCUUUUUGAAACACACUUCAGAAGUUGUCCUGUUUGUGCUCCUGCGUUAUUUGGACUUGUGUUGUUGCAGUGUGGUGGGUACUGACCCCAGCUGGCUGUAUCAGCUUUCAGCAUGUGCCUUAUUUUAGCCACCACACUAAUCACUGUUCGCCCUCUUCAUGUGAGGAACUACGGCGGAUCUCAAAGUGAAAAUGUCUUUGUCCUCCCUCCAUCCAGGAAUAGCUGAGUUGGAUUAGUCACAUCUGUGUUGUUGAAAAAAAAUAAAACUCACCUUAUGUGAACAGAGAAUAGUGAUUUGAUUAGAAAAGAUUGGAAAGGGAUUUGUGAGACAAUCAAUUAGACGUGUCAAUUACAAAAUUAUAAAAAGAAAAUCUGGAUGCUUCGUAUAUUGACAUUGCAUAACUGAUGCAGCUGAUGCAGGUCUGUGGAGUUACAGCAUGAACUGUAAUGUUGACAUUUUUCAGUGUGCUAGAAAAGUUUUGACUAAAGAUCCAAAAAAUGCAAAGUCAUGCAUUAUCACAGACAAAGCACCCUGGAGGCCUCGGUAUGCAGAUUUAGUAAAAAUAUUUGUGAUUUUAAAAAAAAUUGUUUUGUAAGCCUAUGUCUGCUUUGCAUUGACCUUUGACCUCUUGCUUUCCGUAACAGCCAAAUGCCAUUUUGAUGCUACAUUUGUGAUAGCAACGCUGUGUAAUGGACAUUGUUUUUAAGGGACGAGCCUGAUCAUUCCAGUCCCAGGAUGAUGUUUUUUUUAAACAAUUUUUCUAUUCAUAUUUCUUCCACAAUCUAGAUUUAGUUGUCUGCUUUUAACAGCAAACAACGUACUAAUGAACAGACGGCUUUCUAAGCAAGAAAUUAAGAAAUAAAUGUUUGUGAUUGUGUUUUGUAUCUAAGCUGUUUUUAUUACACUUGCACUGUGAUCCUGGAAGUCUUUUUGCUGUUUGAGACUUUUUUCAUAAAUCAGUAAAAACAAAA